AGUGAUUCCACGCGCUGGCAUUCCUACUAACGUACUCAAGUUUACCGUGGUAUUGUUAGAACGCCGAAAAAACGGCACUGAAAUACGCGAAAGUGUGAAGUUUGUUGAAAAAUUUAUUGUCCCACGGAGAAACAAAAUGAAGCACUACGGUUUAGUUCUGGUCGGUUUGGUGGCUAUUACAAGCAUUGCAGAAUGUAGGACAGUACAAAAAAGAGAAACAAUAGAUCCCAUACAUCAUUCCGUUGGGUUGGCUGGAGAAAUUAAUGACGAAUGGAGAGAUAAAAGGGCAGUGGACGCCAAAUAUGGAGUGAAAAAUGCUAUUUUAGGAUUUGUAUUUAACAAAAUUAACCAAUUCAUCGACCAAAAAACCGCAUGGGUCGACCAAUUGGACCGCGGAAACAUCGAAAAAAAUAGACAGCACGGCAUCGAACCACCGAGGGAUCCAGUCACCACUCUGUCCGAAGCCAUUUCCGGCGCAAUCGGCGAAAAACUCCAAGCUGCCGGACCGAUUUUGACCGUGGUCACCAACAAACUGACUUCCGGCUCGUCUGGCGGGGGUCACACAGGGUUCAAUAUCGGGUCCCUCUUGGGAGGCUUGAGCGGCGGCGGCCAUGUCGAAGCUUCAGCCCACGCCGCCAUCUAAGUUGGCGCUGGAUGUUUAUUUAUUAAAUAAAUAAAUUAUUAUUUCUCUUGCUUUGGAUUGAAACUUAUCUUACUUUAUUUAUGCUAAAAAAUAAUAAAUAAAGCUAUGAUUUUUUUAGUAUUUUGAUGUCAAAUUAAAGCUUCCAAAGUAAUAUUAGAUUCAGUUAAAACAACCCGGAAAAAUCAAAAUUUAAAUCUUGAAAAUAGUAAAUCUAGUCAAUUGAAAUUUUUCCUAAACUUUAAACCUUUUUGGCUUUAAUUUUAAAUGUUACCAUAAAAUUACAAUAACAUAAUUUAUAUGUGUUUUUAAUUUUUCCUUAAUUCUUAUUGUGGGUUUUAUUUAAUUUUUAGUAAUAUUUUUUAUUAUUUGCCAUUUCUUUGUAAUUUUUUAGCUUAGGUUCCUAAAACUAUUUGAAAUGAGGUUAUUUUUUUUGUGUAAAUAAAAUUUUCUGUACCUAGCUGUUACGUAUAAAUUGUAAAUAAGUUAUAAAUAAAU